UAUUAAUUUUGAUUGGUCGGAGAAGUAAUAGCGGUUGUAUUCGAUCAAAAAUCAAGGCUUUGCAGAUAUCUUCACCGCCAAAAAGUAAACAAGGAGAAAAGAUGGAGUUGAAAAUAAAGUCAGAAGUUGUACCUGACAACUCAGUGUUUUUAACACCUCCAUUAUCUAAUGAAGGUUCAGCACCUUUAAAAGCUGUGAGCAGAAUAGAUAAUUUAUUUGGUUUUAAACCGUUAUUCAUACUAGAAGACGAAAAUGACAAGUGUAAACCUGAUGUACUGGACAUUUUAGAGGAACUUUAUGCUAAAUCAUUGGUUCCCACUGUGUGUUCCAAAAUAUUUGAUCAGCUAUCUGAUAGAGAUUUAGUAAGGAUUUCUCAUGUGAGUAGGACAUGGUAUAAAAUUGUCAGAUAUGUUCACAUUAAGUCAGGAAGGAGAAUUUCAAGAUUUCUUCGCAAGCGUAAAAGAUCAUUCAAACUAAAUAAGGAAAACUGGACAGUACCACAUGUGUUUAUUUCAUCCGAGAUACCUAGAACUCCUUUAUCAACUGAUAUUAGUAAUAUUCCAAGAUUAGAGGCCUCUUCCAAAGAUAACGAUGAACCAGAUGAAGUUUUUAAAACUCCUGUUGCAAGUUCUUCAAAGGAACUAUAUAAACAUUGCCCCACAUGUCAAUCACCAGCAAGAACUGCAUUUAGACAAACAGGUCACUGUACAAAAUGUAAUCAAGAUUUUUGUAUACAUUGUUUUUAUACAAAGGAGAAACAUUCACCAACGUGUCAGAUUGUUGGUGGUAGUGGUGUCACAGGUUCACCCCGGAAAUUGACUUCGAACAAUCGUAGAUAUUCUCUUGGUUCAAAGGAAAAUCGAACAAGACUAAAGCGAUUAUGAAAUCUUAGUUUUGUGCUUCACUUGCAGAUGAAUUCAGAUAUAUAGAAGAAAGAAGACACCACGUUAAUUGUACCUAGUGGUAACAUGUUGGAAGUUGCUCAUGAUUGGGUGGCAAUGAUAAAUUUUAUAUCCUUUUUACAUUUGAUAACAAUUUAUAAAUAUUUUUAUGAAGAACAUUCUUGUAAUUUUUCUCACAACUUUAAUGCCUCACAAAAUUUUUAUACUAAAUAUGGUUACAUCCUGAGGAUACGGUUUCAAUUAAAUCAGUCAGAUGUGAAUCUUUUCAAACAUGCUGUAUUAUUCUGUAUGUUUGUGUGUUCUGUUUAUGUGUUCCACUAAUUUUCAUGAUGUAUAUAUUAGCAUUAGGAUAACAUUUAAAUAUUUACCUGUAUCAAUUUCUGUUUCAACCUGUAUAUAAUUUUAGUACAUAAAACCAAAAAUUGUAAAUAUUUAUUCUUGUAAAUAAAAUUGAGAAUAUUAA